AUGAAUGACCAUAAUUGUUAUUGCGGUUCAAUGGCUAUCCCUCCCGGAGUGGAUAUCUUGACCAAAACAGGUACCAAAGGGUCCGAAACGGGCUCAACAUUUUCGAGCAAAAGUUAUUACGAACACAAUAUUAGAGUGCAAUACGUUUGUAGGGAUGAAACGGCGCUAUUAGUGGGCAAUAAUGUACGGCACUGUCGGUACGGACACUGGACUGGCGAUAUACCCCGAUGUGCCAUUGCUUACGACAACAAUACUUAUCGUAUGAAUAAAAACAAUGAAACACAAAUCGACACUAAUGUGGGAAACAAUGAAAAGCAAGUCAAACCCGACGGGUGCCUAAGUUGGGACACAGACGGGUUGGCUCACAUAUUUUCCACCACACUAUUGCACCAAGCACCUAUUGAUUACAUACGACUAAAACUGUAUUCAUUCCCAUUGAAAGCACUCGGUUCGCAAACGUUUGGCUAUAGAUUCAGGGCAUCGCUUGUCACGGAUUACGGCACCGACGAGUGCCGACUGUCCCGUACAGACCCGCCGUUAGUUGACUCUGAGACCAGUGAUGGCUAUCUGACCGUUGAGUUUGAGUGCAAUCAUCGAAACCAUACGCUAAACAAACAAAUUUAUUUUGGUGUUGGCUUUGAAGGCGAUUUGCAAAACUUUUACCAGAGUUUUCCCAAUAAGACUGAUAGCUCAGAGCUGAUGGCAUGCGAUGUAAAACUAUACCACUUUAAUCCUGAUUGUGGUAAACCGGAUGAACCACUGGUGAUGGAUAUGAUGAUGAUCGGUGGCAGUAAUAAUGGCCAUAAAUACAAGUGUAAUGACAAUAGAUAUACGCUAUACGGAGCCCACACUGUCGAGUGCGGUCCCAAUGGCCAGUGGCUGAAAACCUUUCCCCGA